CUUCAUUUGCCCGCAGAAGGAAGUGCCCUCCAUGGUGUCAUUGUAGGUCUUCGGAGGUUGAAUAUCUAGAAGAAAAAAACCAAACAAUGUCUGGAUACACACCAGACGAGAAGCUCCGCGUCGAGCAGAUUACGACGCUCCGGAGAAGGUGGCUGAAGGACCAGGAGCUCAGCCCGAGGGAGCCCGUCUUACAAGCGAAACCUCUCGGCGCCGUCGCCAAGUUCUGGGCUGGAUUUCUGGAGCCCAAGAGCCUGUGGAGACUUUACACCUACAAAGCAUACAAAGGUGGAGUUUUCACAAUAACACGGCUGUUGAUACCGGCUUGGAUUGUCCACUACUGUGUGAAAUACCAUGUUGCUCGAAGACCUUAUAGCAUUGUGGACUUGAAACCCAGGCUGUUCCCUGGUGACACCAUUCUGGAAACAGGAGAAAGCGUUCCAGAUCUCCCUGAAACCUAUGGCCAUCACUGAAGUUGAAGUAGUUCAAUGGUUUUCUGUUGUAAAAACUGUGUAUAUGCCAAUAAAAUAUUAUCAAGUCAUA